AUGUUAAAAGCAGCCUAUGUUAAAAGCAGUUCCAUCCAGUUGGCCCUGGGUGGCAUUAAGGGUGUCAUUUGGACUGAUGUCUUGCAAAGUUUCAUUAUGAUUGGUUCGAUGGGGUUUGUCAUCAUAAAAGGCACAGUCGAUUUGGGUGGUAUGGGUGUGGUGUAUGAUCGUAAUGCUGCUAGUGGUCGUAUGGUGGCACCAGACCUCACCUUUGAUCCCACAGUGCGCAUGGGCAUUUUUGCUGUCCUUAUCGGUGGCACAAUGCUGAAGAUACAACACACAUGCAUUAUGCAGCCGGCUGUCCAAAGAUUCUUAUCCUUGCCCGGCAUGAAGGAAGUAAAACAAUGUUUGAUCAUCUUCAUUUUGGGUUUGGUGUUCAUAUUGGGCAUGUGUAUUUAUAUGGGUCUGUUGGCCUAUGCCCAUUACUAUGAUUGUGAUCCGAUAACGACAAAGCUAGCCCAAGCCAAAGAUCAAAUCGUCCCGCUGUAUGUCAUGCAAAUUGCUGCCAGUUAUCCAGGUUUGGCGGGACUCUUUGUGGCUGGUGUCUUCAGUGCUGCACUGAGUUCUCUUUCCACCGCAUUGAAUUCGCUUUCCGGUGUGCUAUUAAAAGAUUUCAUUGAACCUUAUCGCAAACAACCAUUGACAGAACGUCAAACCGCAUUUGGUUUGAGAGCAGUUGUUGUUGUAUUUGGUUUAUCGUCAAUGGCCAUGGUAAAAGUGGUACAAAAACUCGGUAUGGUAAUGCAGUUGUCAACAACUAUCGGUUCAAUGACCGCUGGGCCACUGUUUG